AUGGACUUGGCUUCGCGAGACCUGGAAAAAGGUGAGCUCGACCGCGGAGCAAGCCAAAGUGUUGAUAGUAGUCCAACCCUGUCACAAUAUCACUCGGAAACCUCAGCAUCAUUUGCUUCUUCCCAAGAAGCAAUGGAAUAUAUGUCUCGAAUUCAGACAGCGGUAUCCCAGCGGGGAUCGAUAUUGGAACGCCAUCCAACGGCACUUAGUCGAAUUGCAACCCAGCGCAGUCAACAUAAUGCGACUGUGGGCGCUGGCUUGAACACACAUGUAUUCCACCAACCUUUACCAGAUUUCGGUGCCGGCAAGCCCUACCCUCCUCCCUUACCCGAAAAAGAAGAAUAUGUGGUGGAGUUUGCAGGACCGGAGGACCCGUUACAUCCCCAGAAUUGGCCUAUGAGGAGGAAGAUUGCAAUCGCAGUGAUGCUCGCGUACACAACAUUCAAUGCCACGUUCACCAGCAGCAUAUACUCCUCCGCAAUCUCCGUCAUAUCCCCCAGUUUCAUGUAUCUUCGGAGGUUGGAACGUUGGUUUGCCGUAGCAACUGCAAAGGAUCUUCAAACCAUCAUGAUAUGCCGCUUCUUUGGAGGAUUCUUUGGGGCAUGCCCAGUUGCCGUUGUCGCAGCUGUCUUCUCCGACAUGUUCAGCAAUCGCAUCCGUGGCCUUGCCAUCACUGUCUUCGCCAUGACCGUGUUCACUGGCCCACUUUUUGCAUCGACUGUCGGCGGCUUCAUCGUGCAAAGCUCUUUAGGAUGGCGAUGGACUGAAUAUCUUACUGGAAUCAUGGGUGCCUCAGCAUUUGUGGCAAACAUUUUCUUCCUGCACGAGACAUACCCACCUGUGGUUCUCAUUCAAAAAGCUACAGAACUUCGCCGUCGCACCAAGAACUGGGGAAUCCAUGCUAAGCAGGAAGAGAUCGAGGUAGACUUCCGGGAACUGCUUUCAAAGAACUUCAGCCGGCCCUUUAAGAUCCUCUUCACCGAACCAAUUGUGCUAUCUCUCAGCAUUUACAUGGCAUUCCUCUACGGCCUACUGUAUCUGUUUUUGACCGCGUAUCCUAUUGUGUUCCAGAAGAUCCAUGGCAUGGAGAAAGGCGUGAGCGGUCUCCCUUACCUGGGUCUUUUGGAUGCAAAUAAUGGUAUUCCCAUUCCCGAGUGGCGCCUGCCGCCAGCGAUUGUCGGUAGUGUGGCCUUUGCAGGCGGCUUAUUCUGGUUUGGUUGGUCCGGCUUCACUGCCGAUAUCCACUGGAUUGUGCCAACUCUUUCUGGUGUUCUCAUUGGAUUCGGUCUGCUGUGCAUCUUCAUGCAAGCCUUUAACUACAUCAUUGAUUCCUAUCUUCUAUUGAUGGCUAUUAACAAUGUCUCCCUCAGUGCUGCUUCUGCUCUGGCAGCCAAUAGCAUACUACGUUCCUUGGCCGGUGCAGUGUUUCCCUCUUUUCGCCACUUACAUGGUGUCAAUUGGGCAAGCACACUGCUCGGAUGCGUCGCGGCUCUAUUGAUCCCCCUUCCCAUUCUCUUCUACCUCUAUGGUCCCAAACUCCGUGUCAGAAGCAACUUCGCUACAGAUUACGUGAUGACAGCACAAGCCCACACUCUUGAUGAAAUCCUUGAGUAG